CAAACGCUGUACAUGAACUCAUAUCUUCGCAAUCAAAUAUUUGUUGAUAUAAUUAUCUACAUGUCAAAUUGAUCGCUUAUACAUAUUUCUGUUUAUAGUUAGCGCUAAACAUUUACCGGUUCUUUGUUCUCUUAAGUGGAAACAUACGAAGGUUAUCAGACAUAUCUAAUUGGCUGUCAAAGAGAUUAAUCGUGUCCGGAUGUUGGUAUCACAAUAUUUAACAGCUACGAAUGGUUGUUGAUUUUAUUACUUUCUUGGGGAAGUUAUCGUCAUUAACAUUCUUCUGCUCGUAAGCAUCACAUGUCUAUGGCUUCGUUCAGUAUCAAUGCGAUUUUGGGACGCUCUGAACAAAAAAGAGGAGAUUCAAGCCCCUCAGGAGAUCAACACAUUCACGAAUCAAGAGAAAGCACAGGCGACAAAAAUGACGAUGGGAAUCGCGCGUUGAAAGAAGAAGAGGCAGUUUGUGUCACUAAUUCACCAGAGGAAAACCCAAAUUACGAGGAUGAUAUAAUGCCUUCGAGCCGUGAGAGCCUUUACAUCAACAAGAUUCGCAGAAGACGUACAGCGUUUACCAGCACCCAAUUAAAAUCUCUGGAGGAGAAAUUUCACGACAAGAAAUACUUGACAAUCACAGAAAGAAACAAUUUGGCUAAGGGACUUCAUCUUACAGACACUCAAGUCAAAACAUGGUUUCAAAAUCGAAGAACAAAGUGGAAGAAACAAAUGGCACCAGACUAUGAAGCGAGUUUACGGUGGGAAGAAAUGAACAAUAUGUUUAACCAUUUUCAAACUGGUUUUCCCUGCUGUGGAGAAGUUAACACUCAUUUUCGCCCUGUACCACACUUUUACAAUGUUAUACCCAGUUUUUGUCCAUCAUCCAACCUCCAGGUUGUGUAUUCAAAUAUGUCUUUACAUCCCUUCUCGUAGUAUUACGACUUAAGCAAGCAUGAUAAGCAAUGUUUUUCCUCUAAUCAUUGCUAGUUGUUUCCAUGAACUAGCCUUAAUUUAAAAAGAAAAGUCAACGAUUGAAAGGAGAAAUAACAAUCAUGUCACAGCUUGUGACUUCGUAAAUAAGUUUAAGAGGCAAGAGCACAGAUUUCGUGUCGAAAUUGUCACUUGGGCGUGAAGCUAUUCACGAUCAACUGUGGGGCCAUUUUAGAACAUUCCAGCACUUACAGUUUGUCUCUACGCGUUAUGAACAAACUAGAAUGUCUGGUUUCGACUAGAAUUGGGGCAAAACGUGCAUUUAGUUCAUACGUAAGUGCAAUGUAAAUUCCCAUCGGCCAGGGAAAAGGAUGCGGAUCAUCCGACUGAUUGACUGAUUACUGACCGCAUUCCAACCAUGUCGUUUUUCGUGGGUUCGGGCGGAAACCAUGAGGAGUUCAAGACCGUCUUUGAAUAUUAAGCCUAGAUUUUGCUUUUCAAACAACUGAUGUUCAUUAAGUAAGCUACCCAGUUUACAUAGAGCAGGUAAUCCGAGGCUGAGACAAUCAAGUUAACCUCGUAAACUAUAAUGAUUUAUCAUAUUUCACCACUAAAACCGAAGAUUCACAAUUCAAGCUCGUUCCUGAGCAAUAGUGUAAGCUUCCGGUGAUCGAAUGUUAAACUCGUCUUGAUGACCUCAUCAUCUCCUCUAAAACAGUUUUGCUUAGUGCUGAACAGUGGAAAGGAAGUUGACAGUAUUGUUCUUUAGUUCAUUUAUCAUUUCCACCGACAGUAAAACACUAAAUCAAAAGGAUAGUUUAAAUGAUCAUGCAAUCUUGUUUUUUGGCAAAUAGGGAACCUCCUUGCAUAUGUGCAUGUAUUUCUAAGCAGAAAUUUGGCUCCAUAUCUUACAGUUUGUAAAAAAUAGUUAUUUAAUUAGUUGUCUUGAACGUUUACAAUUUUGUCGCUUCUCGCUCAUUUAAUUGACCUUUUUAAUCUGUGUAUUUUCUCUGGGAUGAAUGCCGUUGUCAUGAACGCCGCGACAGAAGAGCAAUGCCUUCAAUUAACACCAUAAUAAAAAUUUUGUUUCUUUGA